AUGACUUCAAUGAAACUAUUUGAUAGAUUGUCGGAAGACUUAGGACAAUUAUUAGAAAAAGAAGAAAAUUAUGAUAUGGUUAUACAUGUAGGAGGAGAAGAAAAUAAAAAAGAGUUUAAAGCUCAUUCUUUAAUAUUAAGUACGAGAUCCUCUUAUUUUAAAUCUGCUUUAAAUAAUCAUUGGACUAUUAAACAACAUGAUGGUAAAAUUAUUUUUAAAAAACCUAAUAUUUCUCCAAAAGUCUUUCAAUUUAUCUUAAAAUAUUUAUAUACUGGAGUGAUCAAUUUUCAUGAACAAGAAUUAAGAGAGAUAUUUGACUUAUUAAUAGCAGCGGAUGAAUUAAUUCUUGAUGAGUUAAAAGAUCAAAUUCAAGAAUAUCUUAUUGAACAUGAAUAUACACAAAUUCAACAAAAUAUAGUUCAAGUACUUCAUAUUGUAUUUGGACAUGAUGUAACAAUAUUUAAAAAAUUACGAGAUUAUAGUGUGGAAAGAGUAUGUAAUAAUCCCGAAAUAUUAUUUGAUUCAUCAAAUUUUGUUACAUUGGAAAAACAUAUUCUUGUAGAAUUAUUGAAAAGGGAUGAUCUGGGAAUUGAAGAAGUUAAAAUUUGGCAACAUUUAAUUAAAUGGGGAGUUGCUCAUACACCUCUUCUUUCUAAUGUGAAAUUUUCUGAAUUAUCAAAUUGGACUAUAACGGAAUUUAAUGCUUUAGAAAAAACUUUACAUGAUUGCCUCCCAUUAAUUAGAUAUUUUCAAAUGUCUUCGGAUGAUAUUUAUAAAAAUGUUUUUCCUUAUAAAAAGAUUUUAAACAAACAAUUAAAACAGGAUAUAGUAGCAUAUUUUAUGUCGUCAGAUUACCAACCGAAAUCCCUUUUACUACCUUCAAGAUCUGGACCUCAUUUAGAUGUUGAUUCAUUAUUAAUAACAAAUGAUUGUUGCUUACUUUUAGAAACAUGGAUUAAAAAAGGUGAUAGACUGACAACAAAUAAUACGAAUAAACCAUUAUCAUAUAAUUGGAAAUUAUUAUAUAGAGCAAGUAGAGAUAGUUAUGAUGCUAUGGCUUUUCAUCGAAGAUGUAAUGAUCAAGGUGCUUGUAUAAUUGUUGCAAAAAUUGCUGGGAAAAAUGAACGUUUAGUUGGAGGAUAUAAUCCUAUAGGUUGGUUUGAUUCUGGUGGACAAUAUUCUGCAGCACCCGAUGCUUUUCUUUUCAGCAUUGAAAAUAAAGAUUUAAAUAAUGCUAAAAUUAGUAGAGUUCUACCUUAUUAUGCUUCUAAAGCUAUUUUUCAAGAGGCAUCGUGUACAGUGAAUUUUGGCGCACCUGAUUUACUAAUUUCUAGUCAUUGUAAUAAGAAUAUUUCCAGUUUUUUUAAUACUACUAGUUUUUAUGAAUAUAAUAUUAUUAUAGGUAAUUUUAAAGUAAUUGAUUAUGAAGUAUUUCAAAUUAUUAAAAAAGAAAAUUCAAGGGAACGAAGAAGAUUAACUUGA